AUGAGUUACAAAGAUGCACAAAGCAUUAUAGACGCUCUGAACAACUUGCUUACGAAGGAGGCUGAGUCAAAGGAAGCUGGACCAUCCUUUGUCGAAGACCCGGUCCCCAAGGUGCCAGACUCCCGAACAAAGGAGUCCGAUAAAAGUGUUACAUUUGUGCAUGAAGAAGUGGAACUGUCGGAUGUCCCUCGGGACCUGGUGUGUCUAAACAGCAGGAAUUCUACCGUAGUGGUUUUGGGAAAUGUUGAAACGCUGAGAUUGGCCGACUGUUCGGAUUGCACCUUUGUAGCUCCUUGUGUCAGACGUUCUGUGGUGCUUGAGCGCUGCGACCGAAUGAAGUUGUACAUCGUUUGCCAACAACUGCGAGUGCACAAGUCGAACAACUGUUUGAUACGCGGGUACGUGGCGGUUGCUCCCUUGUUCGAAAUGGUCACUCACAUCCAGCUGGGCAGCUGGAAGACGGGACCCUCCCUCAAUCUCGGAAGAAGCGUCGAGGUAAAAGGCCUCGCUGAGAGCACAGAGGGCCUAACGAUAGAUCCCUAUAAACCAUCCGCGAUCAAUUCGGAUGACCCCGGAGAUAUGCUAGAAUUCGAAAUACUCGACGACCCAGACCCGCAGUCCGCAACAGUGACGAUAUUGUCUGAUUAA